CGCCGCCGGCGAGGAUCGUGCCGCAGUCCGUUCUCUCCCUCGCCACCAGCCUCCGCCCGCCAGAUCUUCGCCUCGCUGCCUCGCCGCCCGCCUCCUCCGCCCGGCGCCUCCCGGCUCCCGCCGCCGCCCGCCCUUUGCGCUCCCCGGGACGAGCCCCAGGCCCCCAGGCUAGUCCUGAUGUCCGAGGCGGCCGGGAAUCUCAAUAGCCUCCGCAUGGCGAACGUGGCCCUGCGAGAAGAAUUAAAUGCCCUUCGCGGGGAGAAUGCCAAUCUGGGCCUUCAGCUCGGCAGAGCCCUGGCCGAGGUCAAUUCCUUGCGGGGCAAUGUCUCGAGCUACAUGCGCUGGCCGGUGCCCGUGGUGCCCGUCCUUUCCGAGGAGAACUUUGAGUUCCCGCUCAGUGAGAUCGACGCUGUUCCUGAGGGAGAACUGCCCUUCCUGUGCUGGCCUCCCCCGCGCGCCGAGCCCGAGUACGCCCCAGACGAACUGUUGAUUAGCGUGAUCCAGGAUUGCGGCACCUCCGGCGGGCCCGUCGACCCACCCCCGCUGCCCAGCCCGCCCCCGCCGGCGCUGCCCCCGCCCUCGGCCAAGGAGCUGCCCCCGCAGCCUCCUCUGCCGCCGCUGGAGCGGCCCGAGAUAGAACCCUUCUCGGGCGACCCAGUCUACCUGGCUGAAUUCCUGAUGCAGCUAGAGACUUUCAUAGCCGACCAUGAGGAUCAUUUCCCCGGGGGCGCUGAGCGGGUGUCCUUUCUGAUCUCCUUUUUCGCUGGUGAAGCCAAGGACUGGGCCGUCUCAGUCACCCAGGAAGGAAGCCCCCUGCAUGCCAACUUCCCGCGCUUCCUGGAUGAAAUCCGUAAGGAAUUCUGUGGCCCCAUCCCCCCAAGCGUGGCAAAAAAAGCCAUCCGCAAGCUCAAGCAGGGAGACUGUACCCUGGGCAGCUAUGCAGAUGCUUUUCAGUUCCUGGCUCAAUUCUUGUCUUGGGAUGACUGCCGCCUUCAAAACCAAUUCCUCAAAGGCCUGUCAGAAUUCUUCCGCAAGGAGCUCUUAUGGUCAACUGAAAUGGCCGACCUGGAUGAGCUGAUUCUCGAGUGCGUGGAGAUAGAAAGAAAAGUGCGUGUCCCCAAGCCAAUCCCACUCCCUGGGGUUCGCAAUAUCUUCUUCCCUUUUGCAGCAGACCGUAAUCUCGAAGGUGAAGAGGGAGAAGAGUGCCACAGUGGGGAUGAAGAUGAAGAGGCAUGCAGGCGCAGGCUCCAGGACAAGGACCAGGGGAGGCGCGUGAGAGCUAUUCAGCAAGAGACCAGGGGGGAGGAGGGGGAGAAGAGGGGGAAGAGGGAGGAAGAGAUGAGGAAGAAGGAGCUGAAACAAAAAGGGGAGGAGGACGAGGAGGAGGAAGAAGAAGAGGAGGAGGAAGAAGAGGAGGAGGAAGCAGAGGAGGAAGAGGAGGAGGGGAUGAGGAAGAAGAGGAAGAAGGAGGAGGAAGAUCAGAAUAAGGAUGAGAAAGACGAUGAACAUGAGGGUGGCCGCCAGGAACCAGAGCAGGAGCUCGAGCAGGAGCCAGAACAGGAGCAAGAGACAGAGGAUGAGACCCAAGAUGAUGACCUGGAUGAGCUGAUGGAGAUAGAGCCCACCUACGCCAAUGCUUCAUCCCAGACUUCUGGCUACUAUCAUGAAAAUUUCCUAGAUGUGUCACCUCCCAUCAUACAGCCCAGCAGACGGAGGAACCAGAAUCGAGUCCCACUUCUGGAGGGCCUUCCAGGUACCAAUUCACCAUUCUACAGUUCGCCGCCACUGAUUCGCCGGGCAGGUCGUCUGGGGCAACGCCAAAUACGACGCCGUCCCCCGGUGCUAUUCCGCCUCACUCCAAGGCAGGGGGCCCACCGGGCUGCGCGGGGCCGCAUUCGCGUGUGAGAGCUGGGGCGAGCUGCCCCGCCCCCACCAGAACACACCCUUCCACUGCGUCCCCUGCCCCUGCUUUUGCUGCCACACCUGCCCCAUUGACCGACCAGUACUUAAGGGAGUUCCAAACCUGCAGAACCCGAAGAAGACCUGGAGAACUCCAGACCAUCCUGCGACCGUGACCGGGGAGUGACACCCGGGAAAGGAGGGCUCAGCAAUAGCUGCCCUCUCGGUGUGCACUCUGCUCAGUCCUGCUGCGAGCUAGAGAGCAGGUGUCUGGGCCUGUUCCUGUAAAUGAACUGGUCACCCUCUUGUAUUUCCCCUCCAGUUGUUCCCAGCCCUCACCUCUCCUGCGUCUAUUCACACUGUGUUCUAUGGUUUAAUCCUCUGACUAGCUAACCAGGACUUCACCCAAUGCCUCACUGCUCUGCCCCAGUGAGUGAAAGGACAGGCUCCACUGAACUCUUAAAGCCACUGAGGCCACUUACUAGGUAUAAUCAGUGGAGAGCAAAUGCUAUCAAGAAACGUGCCUGGAAGCCUACACUUGCUUCAGGUCACCCCUCCAGCAGGAGGGCCCCGAAGAACCCCCUCCAUCUAGCCCAGUGAGAGUAUGCAAAACCACGUGUCCAAUGGACCACCCAGCUGAGACCUGACCUUGACUGACUGAGCAAGCUGGUUCCACCUUCCCACAGACUACAGGCUCAGGGCCUCAGGGCUCUCCAGAUCUGGGAUCCUCUCCUCUUACUACAUUACCCUCCUGGGCAUCCCCAGUGGACAGAGCCCAAUGUUCCAUGCCCUACCCUUUUCCUUGACGUUGCCUAGAGGGUAGGCAGUUGGGUGGGGGAGCAGGAGGAGGAGAAAGCAGCAGCAACAACUCAGUUUGACCUUGUAAGGACUGACUCUUUCCUUAGGGACGGUGGUCUCCUCCCCUGGCCAGGCCUUGGACUGCAGUCUCCAGCCAAAGGUCUUGGCAGAAGAUUUGCCAUCCUUGGGGUUCCAGAGGUGACCUAAUUGGCCUUUCCUUCCCAGACUGCCAGAGAGAGAGGCCCAAGGCCUGCUCUUCAACUCCAACUUAAAGGACUCCUUAUUUCUGAGAGUAGAGAGGAAGGUCCUCUCUACAGAGACUUCACCCACUGCAGCCUUGCAGUCGGGAUGACCUUGUGUCUCUCACAUUCGGGGCAAGCCAUGGCGUGGCGCUGGGCAUCGAGUAGGCGGUGAGGCCUAAGCGGUUGACUGCCUCCCAGUAACUCCUGGGGCUUCUGGGUCCUAACCUAGGGGCCCUCAUAGAGACCUGCUGCUUGCCUUGGGUCCAGAAAACACUGCUUCUGCAGUGAAACAUACACACUAUGUCACUCUGGCCACAGAAUGCCAGUCAGAUCCACUGCUGGCCUGAACUGCCCUCCACACUGGGCUUCCUGCACAGGGCCUGGCAGCCGGGCAAGUGCAGCCAAAGUGUCUGUGGCCAAAGGGAGGAAAACAUAGUAAAUUAAGCCUCUGUUCCUCACCGGAGUCUGAUAGAUAACCUCAGCCCAGCCUUAGGAUUUUGAGCCCAGAGGCAAGAGGAAGGAGCCGGAGGAAGAGGAGUCAUGGAGAAGCCCAGUCCUCCGGCUGGUGUCUGGUGAGGUCUCUCUGUUCAUCAGUGGGAGGUAAGAAGCCCUUUUGUUGCUCACACAUUUCUCAGCCUGGGGAUCGCUGGAGCCAAGGUCCUGUAACCUGUUGCUAUCUUUUAAAAAGGCUACCCCCCUCCUCCAAAGAGAAAAGUAAUACAUAAUCAUUAGAGAAAAAUCGGCAAAUAGAGAAAACGCUAAGGACCCAAAAGCCCCAAACAUUCAGAAUCCCACCACACAGACGCAAGCACUGUUAACACUUUCUAGUGUGUUCUCACUGCGUCUUUUCAAAGCCAAGAUCAUCCUGCGAGCUCUCGAUCAGCAGGAUUUAAAAUGGCUGCCACCUAUGCAGUCACACAGACUGAAUCAUUUAUUCAAGCAUUCUCCUAAUGUGUUGGACAUGUCAAUUGCCUGGUUCCCCCCAUCCCCACCAGGGCAGGAGUAAAUAACCCUAUAAAGAAAAGUUUGUCUGUUUUUCAGCUAUUUCCUCAGGAGAGAGUUCCAGAAGGGGAACCGCUGUUCUUCAAGGCCGUGGACCCUGUUUGCUGAUGGUCGACACGCUAGCCCUGCUGCCCACAUGCCUGCCAGAGAAGUGCAAAGGACAGGUGCCUUGCACCCCCAUCUCCAGGGAGCCCUCAGCACAGGCCCUGCCUGUUCCCAUGGUGCUUCUCAUCCUGAGCCCGUGUAGCCUCAGCCGGGGAAAGAGCAGAUGAGCAGUGAGCUGGUUUCUGGCCCUCUGGUGGCAAGGGGGCUUGGGCUCCCUUUGACCCACUUCCCCCCUUUUCCCAGAUCUUCAAUAUUGUGAUGUAACAGCCACAAGGGCUGUAAGAGGAACUAUGGGCUUUGGGCGCUUUCUUGGGUUGAAAGAGGG